GCGUAACGAGGGUGAUGGUGGUGAUCAGCCGAAGGUGAAUCCAACACAGACACAGAAAGAGAGAGAGAAAGAGAGAGAGAGUGACACUUUUACACAAGUCUCUUCUUCAUCACCGCACCUCAGCUGACAAGAGAAGCUCCAAACUUCGCCGCUGACGCGCAAACAGAGGGAGAAACUCACUGCGAGGCGUCAGGAGUUCCUGGAACCCACCAGGCCAUGGACCGGAGGAUGAACCUGAACGGCGGCGCGGCAGGGGACAUUUUCCACAAAACUCUCAGCGCCGUGUCCGGCAAAAAGAUGGACCCGUUCAGAGCGUCUGCCGGCAUGGAGCUGCCGCCCAGAGACCGCCAGUCUCCAAUUAGCUGCUUUGACCAAGUCGAUCCUGACCCGAUCCAGCCCGGUGGACUGGCUGGAAGCAGAGGGGGCACUCUGGGUCUGCCGACCGGAUCUUUGUGCGUCAAGUACGGGGAGAGCGCCAACAGGACCUCUGCGGCGGAAAGUAGCGGCGGAGAGCAGAGCCCCGACGACGACAGCGACGGGCGGUGCGACAUGGUCCUCCUAACCGACGUGCGGACAGCAGGCGGGGGGAAAGCUGAAGGAGGAGGUAAGAAAACCAAAGAGCAGAAAAUGCUGCGGCUCAACAUCAACGCCAGGGAGAGACGGCGGAUGCACGACCUGAACGACGCGCUGGAUGAGCUCCGGGCGGUAAUCCCCUACGCGCACAGCCCAUCGGUGCGCAAACUCUCCAAAAUCGCCACCCUGCUGCUCGCCAAGAACUACAUCCUCAUGCAGGCGCAGGCGCUGGAGGAGAUGAGGAGGCUGGUUGCGUACCUUAACCAGGGCCAGGCCAUCUCGGCGGCUUCCAUACCGGCUACCACCGCGCUGGCAGCUCCUCCACCCGGCCUGGGCGCGUACGAGCAACCGCCCGGAUACCCGUUCCCCGCCGGGGUGACUGCGCCCUCCUGUCCGGACAAAUGCGCCCUAUUCAACAAUGCCGCGUCCAGCCUCUGCAAACAGUGCACUGACAAGCCUUAAAACUGCACAGAGACUACAAAGAAGCACACAAGAAGGAGAAAAAUCUGACAGAAGAUCGAGUAGAGACAAAAAAAAUUAACAUUUUUAUAAUAUUUACUAAACGCAUUAAACCUCGCUUCUGUUUUUUUUUUUUUUUUUUUCCUGUUCGAACAACACUUGAUUGUGUACAUAAAUCAUCUUUAAAGUGCUGGUGUGAAUGAAGGCCGAAUAGAAGCUGAAUUAAAGGCCUGUUGCUCUGUGAUGGACCCUCUGUGGAAAAGUCUGGGUGACCUGACAACCUGCGCGACUUUUUUUUGCUUUUUUUGUUUUUUGUUUUUUAUAUCCGGAGCGCAACAGCACCGACCUCACUCUGCUGCUUUCUCACGCGUUUACUUUGACUCAUAAAUCAAAGGCCCAGUUUUCAAAAGAACCUUCCAAGUGAAUGUUUCGGACGAGGAGAGUUAAAUAAAAAAAAAGAAAAGAAAACAAGUGAAGCACUCGGUUAAUUGCGAAAGAUUUACUUUCAACUCAGUGAAGAAGAAAAAAAUCUGAAAGAGUAGAAAAGCAUACAUUUAGGUCUACAAGGUGGUUUUAUGUGUCUUUUGUAAUUUAUUAAUUUGAGAUAUUUAUGGUAUUUAUGCUUGCAUUGCACAUUGUCGUCUGAGUUGAUGUGUUUUCUGCAUUUUUUUCAUAAUUUUUCGUUCUGAUGAAUCGCGCUGUCAGGUCAAGUCUUUGGUUUAUUGUUGUAGAUACUUUGGUUGUUCUAAGAUCAAAGGGGGCCGUUUGUAUGUAUUUGAGUGUGGAAAAGCUUUAUUAAAAUAUUUUGAACAACAGCAGAAAUAUAUAUAUAUAUAUAUCUGGUUAUUUAUCCAAGGCAGUCAGUGCAACUUGAAGCAGAGAAAGGUUUGAAUGUUGUGCGCAUUGACGUGUCAUAUUUCACGGUUUGAUCGUUUCGUUUUAAUUCACAACAAAUUCCACCUGAAUGCACUUUGGGAGCCAAAACGUUUCAAUUCAUACUGAGCUCCAUGGACAUAUUCCAUCAAGCACAAGCCAUUCCGAUCAGACUAAUUCAGAUUUUAGCGUGUUUUGUUACACAUUCAGGUUGUUUCUGUGCGUAAAGAAUCUCCAGUUUCUCAAGUUUCUUGGCUCUCAUCGGGUGUCAAUAAUUUUCCCCUCCAUCAAAACGGCUUCCUUUCUUUUACAGCUAAUUUGCGCCAAAUCCUUGGAGAGAAUAGCCUACCAGAAGUGAUAGUUGAAAACAGAUCAAUCAUUCUUAAAAAGGGAGAUCAGAUGGCAGUUAAAUUAAUAAUAUUAGAUCAACUUGCAUUACGAUGCGUAAGAGAAUGUUAAUGAAAAACACAGGUGAUGAGAGUUGUCGCCGUAAUACCUGCUUGCAGAUAAUCAAACUCCUCGUUUAAGGGCGAUUACACCCUCACGAUGUGAUUAAGACAUGUAAUUACAUCGCUGUUCAAUCAUUGUCGCAGUUUUGCGUCUUUAAUGAGAACGCAGCUGCAGUCGCAGCGACUUUGGCCCUUUGGCCCUCCUUUUAUUUUAAAAGCCAAACGACACAAUAUUUCUCCAACGAGAUUAUUACAAACAUUAUGGGAAUUAUUUUAAUAGGAAUCAUUAAACAGUUUGAAUCAGGUCUUUUUUUUUU